UGUUCAAGUGUGUCAUGCUCUCCUGAACCACAGACAACUCUGGAUAGGUGUUCAAGUGUGUCGUGCUCUCCUGAACCACUGACAACUCUGGAUAAGUGUUCAAGUGUGUCGUGCUCUCCUGAACCACUGACAACUCUGGGUGCUGAGUCAUAAAAUGGAGUACAAGAAGAACUGUGACACACUCUCUGAGAAGAACUCAUUUGAUGCAGAGGGAAAUGCCACAAACAACCAGGAGCUGAAGGCUGGUCCAUACGAUGGCCUCCAGAAAGCUGAAAAAGAAGAAAUACAAUAUUCUCUGGACAAACAUGACAAUUCAGACUCAGGUGCCAACCAGUGCUGUGCUUGGAAAGUGACAGCGAUUGUCCUCCUUAUCCUGACUGUCCUGCUUCUGGUCAUCGCCAUCGUCAUAGGAGUGAUCUGGCUCCGAGAGUCUGACAUCUUGGCCGUAUCACAGAAAACAUCCAUGGAAAGAGCCAAACAAAGACAGGAAGAGGAGGAGCAGAAGAGAAUGGACAGAGAGAGAGAGAUCAGGGCAGAGGAGGAGAAGAAGAGAAUGGACCGAGAGAGAGAGGUCAGGGCAGAGGAGGAGAAGAAGAGAAUGGACCGAGAGAGAGAGAUCAGGGCAGAGGAGGAGAAGAAGAGAAUGGACAGAGAGAGAGAAGUCAGGGCAGAGGAGGAGAAGAAGAGAAUGGACUUGGACAAGAAAAUCAGGCAGGAAGAAGAGGAGAAAAGACAGGCGAUGCUGGAGGAGGUGAAGGCCCAGUGUAGCAGUGGUCAGAUAGUUAGCAUUAGCUCCAUUAGCUUUGGGUUUAUUCUCUCAGUGUUGCUGUUUAACCACUUAAUGGAUUACUGACCGAUGUGGAUGUGCUGACAUGUUUGUCACUGUUUCUCACAGUAAAGCUCAUUUGUCAGUUAAAGGGAGUGUUUAAUUCAGUUAAAGGUAUUGUGGGAGACCCAUAUUGCUAGUCUGUAAUUCAGUUAAAGGUGUUGUGGGGGACCCAGACUGCUAGUGUGUAAUUCAGUUAAAGGUGUUGUGGGAGACCCAGACUGCUAGUGAUCUGUUCUGUUGCGUGAUGUUCUCCCAUUGUGUGUUCUAUUUUACCUUUGAUUGCUAGCAGUUUGUUUUUUAUUUGAUUUAUGAUUUUUCCUCAUUAUAUGCUGAUGGACACUGUCUGCUGCCCCCUGCUGGUGAUCUGCUUGUCAUAACUGGGCUUAGCUCAGUCAGGCUCUGUGUCAUUUCUAUCUGGUGAUGUGUAGCAGAUUUGUAAUGAAUAGAAAAUAAAUAAAUAA